AUGAAGUAAUAUAAAUAGGAUUUAAAAUAGUCAUUUAUCAAGAAUGCAUAAAAGAAAUUAAGUGAUUAUUAGUUUAACACACCUAAAAGCACUCAUCAGCGAACAAUAACUCUUUAAUCUGAUAUUAAGAUUUAAAGUAGAAAUACAAUAGAAAACAGAUUGAAAACUCAACCUUGUAUAUCAUUUAGAGAUGAAUUCUAAAAAAUAUCAUCUAAAAUGGGGAGUUUUGUUAGUCCAAUAAGUGAUUUCUAAUGUACAAUGCAAUAAAUUUAUGAUAAUUAAGUAUAAGAAUUCAAAACUUUAGAUAUGUAAAAUCAAAAUGUUUCUUUGUAAGUAAGUUUUACUACAAUCUCUAGUCAGAAAUUAUGACUCUUAAAUAACAGAUUCAAAUUUAGAGAGACUUAAUUAAACAUAAAGAUAUCGUAAUUAAGAAAUUAAAUUUUACAGUUUAAUAAUUAACAUUAUAUAAUCAAUAAUUGAAAUAGUCCUUACAAUAAGACAAUGAUUUAAAUGAAUAAAAGCAAUAAAUUAAAAUAUUAGAAGAACAAUUAAAAGAUAAAAAUAAUUAGAUCUUGCAAUAUUCUAAUGUAUUAAUUUUAAUAUUUAGAUCUAAGAUGAAAUUAAAUCUUUAGAAGAAUUCUAUGUUAAAAUGUUAUCAAGAAUGAAAUCUGAUUUAUAAUUUUAAAACACAGAAUUGUUAAAAUUAUUUAAUCAUGUUGAAUGUCUAAAUCAGAUUGUUAUUCUUAAUUAAUAAAAUUAAGAAUUUCCAAUAGAUAUCCUAUUCAAAUAUAAACAAUAUGGAUUGUAUGAAUAGGAAUAGUAAAUUAAUAAAAAAACAGAAAUUUUUGAAUUGACUAAAUAAAAUGGAAACAUUUUGUCUAAAAUGUUAGAUGAAAUAAAGAAAACCUUUGAAAAGAUAUCUUAUAAUGUUUUUAAAGGAUGUUCAUUAUUGAAUAAACAUUGA